AUGGGCAAGGCGGACCGCAGGCCAUGGCGCGAGAGCAAAGAGCCGGAGGCAUGGCAAAGGCCUCCUUCUUCUGGCAAGUGGGACUACUGGCCUGGGUCGUGGAAAGCGUCGCCCAAGGCCAAGGCGCGCUUUCCAUCCUACGAUCGCCAGUGGAGCCCCGAGCAGAUCACGGUCGUCAAGGAGGAGCGCUUUGCUGGCACUGGGAAGGAGGAAGAGAGUGUGGCGAAGCCAGUCCAGCAGGCUGUCAAUACCCUGCGCAAGGCAGAGGCCAGAGUGGCAAGGAUCUGCAGAGAACAAAAGGAGAAGGCGACUCGCUGGGCUGCGUACCAGCGAGAAGUGAAAGCAGCAUUCGUGGAGGAAGAAAAGAGGCAUGGGAAUGCUCAAGAGCGCUUGGCAGGAGAACUUCAAGAAGCACACCAACAGCAGGCAGCUGCGAAGCAGGUUCUCGCACAGACCAUGGAAGCCAUUUUUGGAUCAGCCAUGGAUGUUUCCAGGGACUCGACCGGAUCGCAGCAGCCAUCGUCGGCGACAUGGGACCGCAUGUUUGGGAGUACAGGUGCGGUUCCGCCGCAAGCCGCAGUGGAUCCAGACCUGUUGGAGCUUUUGAGGAUGUACAAGAAUGGGCAGCUUCCUGGCCUUACUGGACAUCCUGGCAAAGUACAUGCCGAGACAAGUGGGCCUAUGCAGGCUGCGGAUGGUUGGCCUACAGGCGAGGACUUGCCACGGGGCCCAGUGUCCCAUGCUUACAGGGCCCCUUCUUAUCCACGUCCUGCGCCGUAUUUGCCGAGCUCGCCCAGCCUACAAAAAGCUGCACUGGACACCACCAACAGUGCUCCUCCGGGUCAUCCAGUGGCCGAAAGUGGAAUCAGUGCCCGCCCUUCGCCGCCUACGACAUCCGAGCCUUUGGGUGUGCAUGCGAAUCCGGGUCCUACGGAAGCAGUGCAAGCCUCCCUUGGCAUGGUCGAGGAAGCUUCCCACCAGCCGCCCAUGACGGAAGUGAGGCUCCCUGCCAAGAACGACAACCCGGUUUCUCCCCUGGCAGAUAUGCUUCGGGCGAGACGUCGAGAAGUACGACAUGCCAUGGAACCCUUCGGGGCUCCGCGCAAAGCCGAGCCGACGGCGGAUUUGCCCCCGCCAGAUCCAGGAACUGGACCAGGCAGCGCCGGGCACAACCUCUCCGGGCCUUGGCAAGUUGGAGUGAGGGGAAUGGAUGGUUGUGCUGACUUCUGGGCCAUGUGGGCUCACCUCUUUCGCUUCCACGUCUGGGCUGUCUUGCCCUCUAUCCUCAUCCUUUGCAGGGAGUUUUUCCUGUGUCGGUUCCUCCCAGGCGAAGCAGGUGCCAAGCUGGACUUCCGCCCUUUUGCUGUCUUAAGCCAGUGGAUAGCGCGGGCCAUUUCAAGCUUUUUGCCACCCCUGCGCUUCAUUGUUUUGGUCGUCUUGUUCCAGCUUUUGAUCAGGCUCAGGUAUCAGGCUAUCGCACAGCGUCAGACCGCAGGUAUGGUCGUUUUGGCAGAGGUCCCAGGCUUUCAGACCUUGCCUAUAUCGGUAUGUGCUGUACCGGCGGGACUUCCCCUGCUGAUCAAGCACGCUUCCGGACUGGUUGCACUUUUGCCAGAAAAGUUGCCGAACCCAACCACCGAGGAGGAUCCUGCCAGGUCUCACCCGGACAGCCGCUGGGUUUACCCACACAUUGCCGAGGUCACCGAUGCGUCCUGCACAGCGACCGAUGUGCCCAAACACUGUAUCCUGUUUCAAGCCGGCCAUUCAGUGCGACAUUUCCUGGCGUAUCUUCAACCGCCCCUCACGAAGCCUGCGCUUGUGCAAGAGGCGCUCGACCACUACCCCGAGCUCCAGGAUCAUUGGGUGUUGCACGAAACAUUGCCACAGGUUGCUGAUGGGGCUGCUUCUUUUGUGGCAGUUCCUCGGUGGACUCAAGGUGCGGACAAGACGGUGUUCCUGUUGGACUUUUCCGCUUGCAAUGGGCCAGUCUUUGCAUGGUUGGACUGGAGCUACGUUAACAGGCCGCUCCUCUCGGACAUGCUACUGGAUGUGAGUCUCUGGCUUGAUGCCCCGCCAACUGGCUUGACCGAGGUGCAGGCCAAGGCAGCUGACGCUCUGAGUUCAGAGCUGAAUGACCUUGUUUUCGGGUACCCUAAGCCCCAUAGUCCCCUGUACGACCUGGUGUUUAGAGGAGUCUUCGUUUUCGUGGAUCCUCGAGCCAUUGGCCUGAACCCUGCCUUUCUGCACGUUGCCGCUGGUGACCUACACAUCGGCCAGGUGUUAGGCCAGAUUGCCCAGGUCAGUGACGAGUGCACCCUGGCGCUCAGCUUGGUUCCCACUGUGUGUGCUGCUCCGGCUCCCCUGCAAGUGUCAGCUCCCCCGUGUCCUGGCCAUCGCGAUUCUGCAUCCACCGGCACUGAACGCAAUGCGGCGCACGGGGCUCGCACUACUGCGCGUAUCUGGCCCAGGGCCUUCGGAAGGGAUGACCCUCCACCUCCUGAUCCAGAGACCCACCUUCAUCUUGACGUCAGGGACUCAGAAGAGGAGGAGAAUGAUGCCGAUAGGGAAGCCUUCAUAGAUGCGGGUUUUCUGAUUUUUGCUCCGCGCUUUCAACCCGAACAUGUUAGGCUCGUGCUUCAUGCUCCUUGCGAUGUGGACACAGCGUUGAGGGCCCUUUCGGAUACACGGCACUCAGUUACUGACCUGUAUUUUGACUGCCUGCUGCCGGCGGUUCCACAGCCCGACACAGCCUUUGGCUCUGUCCUUGCCGUGCCACAUUGGGAUCGUCGAGGCUCUCAUGUUUUAGUGGAUUCCCGGCAAGUGGACGGGCGCCUGUUCGCGAUGUCUUUCCAUGGCCGACUUAGCCGGGCAUCUUUUUUGGCCAAGGCAGGUUUCAGGCAGAUUCAUGGCCUGGAAGUUUACUUGCAUGGCCGGGCUCUCGACCACAGAGAUUGGCACCAGUUUCUGGCCGGAGAUACCGUCUUUGUCAGGCAAGCAGACGUGCCUUUGCCCCCACCAGUCGCCCUCGCGGACAUGCUCCGCGACCGCUACGACUGGUACUAUCCAUGCCCACGGUUCGAAGGCCCACAUCCAGUUGCGUUUUUCAUCUUGACGGAUGAAGGCUCCAGGGUCGUAGCCAUAGAUCCGGAUGAGGUCUGCGCUACCACAGCCUUCAAGGUGGAGGUUGAGCGCGUUUUCGGCUAUGACAGAAAUAAUACGUCGGUCUGUCCGAUCCAGCCUCGACUGGAUGACCUCGCAGUGCUUGGCCAAACUUGCAAGUCGGCCGUCGCGGUCACCCAGAUGAAGUCACGCUCUUCCGCCCCUUCCGGGCAGGUGCCCCCACAGCUGCAUGUAUUGUUCUUGGAUGCACGCCUCCUUCUCAAGGACAUCAGUUGGGUCACUGCCUUUGAUGGACUCAUUGAAGUUCACGCCGUUCUGGAGCUUUUCCAACGGGAUGCACCAUUUGGUUUCAGUGUUGAGGCCACAGGAUUCUUCAGAGGUCGGUUCUUCGGAUGGGCUCACGUGCCGGGGUCAUGUUUCGGAAAAGGAAGAGUCUUCUGGGUCUUCGUCAGACAGCGCGCCUUCAGCCUCAACGUCCGACGCCACUUCUCGGCCAAAGGAGCCACCGACGGAACCAGUACCGGAAUUUGGCUCGCCGGGCUCGCAGCUGUCCACGCCGCGUCUGCAGUGCCUGUCUCGUCCACCACAACCUUGUCACUCACUGCUCUUUAUGUGCCCUUCGAGCAAGCGGCUGUCGAGCCCAGUGGCGGCGCAUCUCGAUAUACCCUGCGUUCUUUCGUUCCUCUUCUUGGUGGCCCUUGGCUUCCACGGCUCCCAUACGACCUCAGUCACUUGUUGGGGCCUGAUUUGGAUGAUCAAGAGGCUCAGGUUGCUGGCAUUCGUGAGGAGGCUCGUAGGGUGCAAUGCCUUGUCCUGGCCUUCGAUUUUGCGCCGAGCGUCUAUCCGGUUGACAUCUCCCUUCCAGCCACGACAGAAGAGUUGGUUCAGGCACUACAGCCUUGCAGGUCAGUCACACAUCAGGCUCACCUGCCCUCUUUGCUUCCGGUCCUGCCCCAGCCACAACCAGGUUUUGCUGCCUUUGUCACGGCGCCGCACUGGCAUGCCUCAGGUCAUGGGGUCUGUUUCGAUUCGACGUUCAUUGACAACAGGAUCUAUGUUGCCUUUGUGCCGGAGUAUGUCGAUGCUCAGGAGUUGGUACACAUCGCUGAUUUGCCCCGACAGGCAGGUAUCGCCGUUUGGAUCGGACCUGAUUUGCAGCUCCUUCCGCCAGGUCACAGAACACAUGUCUUUCCUGGUAUGCUGGUCCUAUUCUUGCCAGAGGAGACGGAACCUCCGGUGCUACUGUCGUUGGGUCAGCUUCUGCUAUUGCGGCACGUCUGGGGUUCAGAUGUUGUUUUGCCUUCUCCUGACUUCGGUCCGGCUUACUGUCUUGCAGGACGUGGGCAAGGACAGCUCAUGCUGGCUGACCUACACAGUCCGACCAGGUACAGGCGCCAGAUCUCAGAAGCCACCGGAGCCAAUUUGCAUCGCAUGCGUAUUUUUGCCAGUGACCCACGGCCCUUGGAUGUUGCUCUCCAUGGAGUCCCCUGCCGAACGGUUGUGGCAGUUGGAGACAGGCGGCGCACCAUUGUGCCGGAAGUAUGGCACAUGGCCGUCUUCGAUUGUCGGCUUCUUGAGUGUGGCUGGUGUGCUGCUUACGUUGUCAACGGUGUGCUCAAUGUGGGCAGCAUACUGGAUGACUUUGAUGCUGCCAGGUUUUUGCGCUGGCGUAUACUGCUCGGGAAGGAGGAAAGCCUACUGCCCACAGCCGAUCCCGAGCAAAGCGAAAGCACCGAGGACCCAGAGGCUUCGCCCCUGCUACAACCUACUGGUGCUUGUGGUGCGGUGGAGUCUACUGAGCAUCGUUUGCCUUUCUUUGUGCUCAUGCCAGAAUAUGCGCCUGAGGUCGUUGUUGUUCAGACCUCGCUGCCGGUCACGGUCGAAGCGGCCUGUGCUUUGGUUGAUGAGGCGAGGGAUGCACACAAUCAACACAAGUUUUCCAGGCUUCUGCCACCUCAGUUGCAGCCGCCGCUGGACACGCCUUGUCUUCUGGCGGUGCCUGAUUGGCCCUUCAACGGCGUGCCCAUCCUGAUCGUCAGCUUCGUUCUCCCGUUUCGUCUAUUCACAGUCGUCGUGCCCCCCGAUAUCUGUGUCGAGGACAUCCUGCACUUAGCCAGGAUCGAGACCCAGGAUGUAAUGGUUUUCGUGCAGGAUCUGCCUUGGGCAUCGCCUCUCACAGAACGACUGCAUGUGCAAGCUGGUGCUUUGUUCACAGUCUUCCCAGCGGGUACGCCUGUUGUACCGCCUUUGCCGUUGUCGGUCAUGCGAAGGAUGGCGCUCGGCGCCCAUUGCCUUAGGUUCGGUGUGAACAGCCAGAGUGGGAGACCUUUGCGGCCUGCUGCAGCCGAUCACUUGCCUCCUGCCGGGUGUGCUCUACGCUUUGGACUUGCGCCCGAUUUUGUUGGAGCUCCAAUGGGCGUACGACUGCGACAGACCUUGGACAUCAUCCAGGCCCAGGGGAUGAUCGUGAUGGCCUCUGCCUCUACCAAGCCAGACGCCGGCACUGGCAGCACACAGAGAGGGGUGGUCGAGUUGUCACGUGGAAUCCUGAGUUCAAGGAACACGCCCUCGCUGAUGGCCCCUCUCAGAUAUGUGUUGGCCGUCCUGGUGCUUUCGGCCAGAUGUGCCGUUUGCAUACUUUGCCUCUACUUGAGCAUGCAGUGUGUCGCUGGCACACGUUCGCGAUCCCCAGACCUCUCGUCAGCCGGAGGUCCGAUCUGGUCUUACGGCACGAUCCCCUGUGUUGGACGCACGGGUCGGACCGUGCUCAUAGACUACUUUGAGCCACAAGCUUCAGGUGCUUGCCAGCAGUGUCCGGCCCCACCGCCGACAGGGAUGCCAGUGCAGGUCAGCCUUUGUGAACGACUCUCCCUCACGGCUCACCAGGCUAGUGUGCUGAAGCUUGAAAGCUUGGUGCCGGCGCGUACGUCACUCCCUGGUUUGGAUUGGUUGGACACCGAUCUCGGUCCUCUCCUGCGUGACCCACUGGUUCCUUCGCACAAGCGCCGACUUUUUGAAGCCGUCAAACUCAGUGAUCAGGUUCCCGUACAGACCCCCUGCAAUCGUUUGUUGGCCUUUUCGGAUGGGUCCACAGGUGUUGCAACUGCGGCCACAGGCAACUGCGCUGCCGGAGCUUGGGCACUGUCUGUCUGGCUUGAGACCGAUUUCGAAUUAAAUCUUGUCGGCCACGCGGCAGGUACUACCAGGCCACCUCAGGAUCCGUACCACCUAGGCGAGCGCGACGACAGUCCUCUCACUUGUGAACUUCUGGGCAUAGCUUGGGGUCUGAUCUGGAUCAUCGAAUACGCUUCGGCCUACUCCUUGCCGGUUGUGUGCCUCUACGAUUGCACGGCAGCUGGCCAUGGCACUUUUGCCGUGUCCCGUAUUCCGGCAGAGCAGCAAGAUCCCAGUGCAGCUCUGGCCAGCUUUACUACGUAUUUGCGUCAGCUGGCGGCACAGCGGGUCUCUCUCACACAUGCGCAUGUGAAAGGGCACUCGGGACAGCUCGGCAACGAGCUUUGUGACGAGUUGGCCAAGCACUGUCGCCGUCGCCCACCAGACUCGGAUCAGGUUAUCCUGCCAGAGUGGCCGGCCGCCUCCAGCUCUUCGGAUUUGCCAACGCUCUUUGCAUUCGAGUCGGAAGCUCUUCGUAUGCAGUCGUCCCCUCUUCCGACGUUGACAGACCCUGGCCUGGGUUUUGUGGCUCCGCUCAGCUCAUCUGAGCCUGUUCCGCUGUGCUGCACCUUCAUGUCCUACAAUGUGCUCUCCCUUUAUGACCCGCACUACACAGGCAAAGGUCAGGGAGGCCAAGGCAUGCGAGUUGUGGCCAAACGCGAUAUCAUUAAACAGCAGCUCAAACAGAUGGGCGUACUGUCUCUAGGACUUCAGGAGACACGUCUCUCUAGUUCGGAAGUCCUUCCCGAUAAGGACUUCAUCAUGCUGCAUUCUUCCUCGGACCCACAAGGACACCACGGGGUAGCCUUGUGGGUGGCCAAGCAAGUGUCCUAUGCGGUCGUGGCGGAUAAGCCUCGCUUCUUGCAACAGGAGCAUCUUACUGUCACGGGUCUCUCACCUCGGCAUAUCACUGUCCAAGUCACGGCCCCCUUCCUUAACUGGACCGUUCUGGUGGCGCACGGGCCGUCGGGAGCCAACACAGAUGUGCAAGCUAUCGCCGCCUUUUGGGCCCGUUGCAGACAGGAUGUUGCCAAGCGGCCCCGUGGGUCGGAGGUGGUCGUCUUGACAGAUGCUAAUGCGUGGCUGGGGUCCGUUCCUUCUCCUUCGGUCUCAGACCACGAUUCUGAACCAGAGAAUGUAGCCGGUGAGGUCUUCCACCAGUUCCUCGCGGAAAUGGACCUGUGGGCUCCCUCGACUUUUGAGCUUUGCCACCAGGGGCCCAGUCCUACCUGGACAGCGCCGUCUGGACACCAGCACCGUUUGGACUAUGUCGCGGUCCCGCUCGGCUGGCCCAUGGACUCUCUCCUGUCCUGGGUUCAGGUGGACUUUGAGGCCUUACAAGUGCACCCUGACCACUAUCCGGUUGCCUUGCAGCUAGCUGCCGCGAUUGCUGCUCCUACUGCGUCUUGGGGCACACAUAUCGAUGUGCACUACAGCACUCUGGUUUCCAGUUGGCAGCAGGCAGACGGGGCCUCCGUGACUUCCUACGUGGAAGGCGACAAGGAGUUGCGGAGAAGGCGCUUGCUGCUGGGCUUUGCGGCCUUCCUGCAUAUUGUCCAGCGCACCUCCUUUCCUCCUCAGGCGGUGGCUCUCUAUGCCAGUUGGAUCAAGCAGGCCAGACACGUCAUUGCAGGGGCGAGCGGCAGGCUGCGUCAGGUGGGCUUGCAGCUGAGGGCGGCAGUGCGCCAAGAUCGUGCACAGUACUUGGCUGGGCUUGUCGAAAACAUUUCCUUUUCGGACAUUCGGGACCCUAAGCAUCUCUACCGUGCAGUGAGGAGGGCUUUUCCCAGUGCCGCUUCGAAAAGGCGCAGGGCAUUUACGCCUUUGCCGGCGGUUGCAGACAAAGACGGGGUGUUGGCCGCCGACGUCAAUGAGCAGAGAGCCCUUUGGAGAGAAUAUUUCGCCAGCCUGGAAGCUGGUGAGCUCUUACCGCCUGGGGGCUACGCUCAGGCACUCAUGUGUCAGAGAGCCGCGAACUCUUUCCAGGCCCCGUGCUUUGACCUGGCCGUGGUUCCCACCCUGACUAGUGUUGAACAGUCGGUCCUCGGCCUCAAGCACGGCAAAGCUUGUGGACAGGAUGGCCUGACCGCCGAACUCCUGAAAGUUCAUUCCAGUGGAGCGGCCAGGGCCCUCUUGCCCGUCUUCGUCAAAGGCAUCCUGGGGGUGCAAGAGCCACUGGAAUUUCGGGGUGGGGCUCUCAUGCCCCUUGCAAAAAAGGCAUCUGCAGCCUUUGAUUGCACCAAAUUCAGGGCAAUCCUGUUGUCAUGCGUGCCCAGCAAAAUGCUACACAAGCAUAUCCGGACCUGCCUCAGUGCCCACCUUUGUCCACAGGACCUGCAGGCAGGGGUCCUUCCUGGUGUUAGCACUGAAGUCAUCUCGUUGGCGGCCAAGGCCCUGCUGGAGCUCUUUCAUCGUCUUCGGUUGCCCCCAGCCUCACUUUCGGAGCUCCGGGCGCAUCUCGAAAGUCUGGCCACCGUCUCCAACUCUGGGUGUGGGGAGCAUCUUCAACGAGUUGCCACCGACGUGCUACAGGGCACGUGGUUCAGACUUGACAAGGAUGCGGCGCUUACCCUCACACAUUGUGGGACUCGACCUGGUGAUGGGCUCGCAGACCUGUUUUUCGGGUUUGCAUUCAGUGCUUACCUGAGAGCAGCGGACGAAGCCCUACUCGCUGCUGGUCUAGCCACCCCGAUGCCGGCUCCAAGCGGCACUGAACCUUGGGAGCUCUCGGUCCCUGGCACCAUCAGCUGCGGAUCGUGGGCUGAUGAUUUUGUUCACAUGCACUCCCAGCCAGCUGUUGCGGGUCUGGGGCGCGCUAUUCAGAAGGUCACCCAGGUUUACGUCGAACAGGCCGACUCCAUCGGCAUGGAGCUUACCUUUGCCCGAGACAAAACCGCUGCCCUAGUGGCAACCAGGUUCCAGGAGAAGGAUGAGGUUUGGCCGCAACACCCCACAGGCAUGCCUUCUCUUCUCGAGGUCACCAGUGCGAUCAGUGGGAUCACUCACGGCCUUCCGGUUGUCAGUGCCUACUGCCAUCUCGGAGGGAUAGUCACGGCGACCCUUACACCAGCACCUGACAUUGGUCUUCGUCAUGCCUUGGCAGCCAAUGGCGUACGCUCCCUUGGGCGUCGUCUCUUCAGCGCGCAGAAGAUCCCGCUCCCCACCCGACGGGCACUGUUGCGUUCCCUGGUUCUGUCCAAAUUUGUGUUUGGCAGCUCGACCAUCAGGUUUGGGGCAGCGCUGCACUUUCGCACUUGGGCCAGACACUAUGUCGCUUUGUGGCGUGCCCUCAUUCCCAGGACACGAGACGCACGUCAGCCCCACGCUUAUACCGUUCUCCGGACUGCCGCGGCUCCCUCUCCACCUUUGGCCUUGGCUUCGGCACGCUCUGUCCUCCUCCGUCAGUUGGCUACCAACGGACCGCAUACCUUGCUGCGAUUGCUUUGGGUUCAAUGGGAAGCGGAUCCAGCAGGCUCUUGGUUGGGUUCCAUCGCUGGCGAUGUAUCGCAUGCCUCUCUUUACCUGCCAGCGGCACGAGUCCUGCAAGCUUCGCCCUGUCCACUCAAGGCUUUGAUUGAGGCGGUCUGGGAUGACCCAGGCUGGUGGACUCGCCAGCUAAAAAAGGCCACCAAGCUUUGGCUCGCUGACUUGGAGUCAUGGGCCUCCCAACCUGCACCAGUACCUGAGCCAGCCGCCAACCAGACAGCCCCGCCUGCUGAGUCCUCCGACAUCGGCCAGUUCUUCCCCUGUGAGUUCUGUGGUGCCCUUUUUCCGUUGAGGAAACAUUUGACAGUGCAUUUGGCACGACGUCACGACGUCAUCUCUCCUACCCGCCUUCUGGCCUCAGGGCCAACCUGUGUUGCCUGUCUCCGGCACUACCACACGGUAGCUCGCCUGCAGAAUCACCUUAAAAGGUCGGGCGCCUGUUUGCACCGCUCUGCGUGUCUCUUCCCGCCUCUCACCAUUGAUGAGGUCCGGGAAGUCGAGUCACAGGAUAAGAACAAACUCCGAGUGUGCGAGGAUGAGUUUUUAUUUUCCCUGCAAAACAAAUUUAUUUCAUGUGAAAUAAAUUAG